UUUUUACAACAAGAACACGUAAAAUUGGUUGCAUAUAUACGUUGUCAGUUGUCAGCAUAUCAGCAAGUCAAAGUUGUCAAAAAAAAAAAUCAAAAACAUAACCCCAUUUUCCAACGUGUUUAAUCAAAAUAUGUGCAAAAGUGAAAAUAAAAAUCCUGAAAAUACUUUUGAAGAAUCUCUAGACAUGGGAGAUACUUCAGAUAGCGGUGACAGUGACGUUUCUAUGAGUGAUUCUAAUUCAGUGGCAUCAGACGAGGAAAAUGAACAAACUCUUGAAAGUUCAGCAUUUGAAAAUGCUGAUUCGGAUAUAGAAGAGCCCAUAGAUGAAGAAGAGGAAGAUGAAACGAUUAAAGCAAUUAGACAAGAAUCGCAAAAAGAAAGAGAUCGCCCUCCUAAUAUAAAAUGUGAAGAUUUUAUAACAGAUAUUUCAUUCCACCCUCAAAACGAUUUACUAGCUGUAGCAAGCAUAGUAGGAGAUGUAUUACUUUACAAAUAUUCUAAUGAAGAAAAUAUAUUAGAACGUACUUUAGAAUUGCAUACUAGGGCUUGUAGAGAUAUUGAAUUCAGUGCUGAUGGAAACAUAUUAUUUUCUACUUCAAAAGAUAAGUCAAUAAUGAUGAGCGAUGUCGAAACAGGAAAAUUAGUUAAAUUUUAUGAAAACUCUCAUGAUGUAGCUGUUAACUGUUUAACUGUUAUUGAUGAAAAUUUAUUUGCAACAGGUGACGACGAUGGAACAAUAAAACUGUGGGAUUUGCGAGAAAAAAGUGACAAACAAAUAUACAAAACAAAGAAAAAUGAAGACUACAUAAGUGAUCUAAUUACAAAUGAAUCUAAAAAAUAUCUUAUUGGUUCAAGUGGGGAUGGUUCCAUUAUAAGCAUAGAUUUGGAACAAAGGAAAAUUCAUAUGCAGUCUGAAGAGUAUGAAGAAGAACUAACUUGCUUGGGAAUUUUUAGAACCGAAACCAAAUUGAUUUCAGGAUCAUCAAAAGGGAAACUGUUUGUCUAUAAUUGGGAAGAAUUUGGUCUUCACAGUGAUAUUUUUCCAGGAACAAAAACCGCAAUUAAUUCUUUGAUACCGAUAACAGAAAACAUUGUAGUAACUGCAUGUGAAGAUGGAAACCUAAGAGCGACACAUUUAUUCCCUCACCGACAUUUAGGUAUUGUCGGUCAACAUGAUCUGUCUGUUGAAAAUGUGGAUAUUUGCAACACUGGACAGUUUUUAGCAUCAAGCAGUCACAAUAAUGACAUUAAAUUCUGGAACAUACAGUAUUUUGAAGACUUUGAAAAGGUCGAUCAAAAGCACAAGAAACAUAAUAAGAAAAAGGAACUGAAAAAUAAUUUACCAUCAUCGAAUAUUAAAAACGCUUCUGAUUUUUUUAGUGGAUUGGUUUAAAUUUGAUCUAUUAUUUAUUUUAAUUUGAAAAUUGUAUAUUGUAUUAAAUCAAAGUAGAACAUAUUUUGUCUUUAACUGUAUUUUUAUUAUGAAUGGAG